UUCAUACUUCAUCGUUCAUAAUUGAUGAAAAAAAUAGGGUUAUGUUCUAAAUUGUUGAAUCUUUACAUUUAUUAUUAUUAUUUAAAUUCUAGUAUGUCUGAAAAAAACCCAGCUCCUGGAGAUGGCUUAAGAUCUGUUAGAACAACCACAUUAUUCCGAGCAGUAAACUUUGAAUUAUAUACAAAACCUAAUGCUGUUAUAAUGGGAAUAGGAUUGGUGGCUAUAGCAGGCUGUGCUGGAUAUAUUGCAUAUAUGAGGAGCAAAUAUGAAGGAAUGGGAUAUUAUGGAGCAGUAAAAGAAGAUGGUACAGAACAUUUUGAAAAAAAGUCAUCAAAAUGGGAUUCUUGAAGUUGUUAUAAUAGCUAUGCCUUGUAUAUUAAAUUGUAUAUAGUCUAGAUAAUUUAUUUAAGAUUGUAAAAUAAAUUUCUUAAUACUU